AACCACCCUGGUUGCACCUGCCUUCUUACUCCCACCACAACCCUCAGCUGCUUUGCGACUUCAGUCCCCAGCUCCUUCCCUCUUCUACUCUCGGCUUCCACUCUGUCCACUGACCUUCUUCUCUUCCUCGCCCCGCCUUCUCCCUUCCACUUCCCACUGCCACAAUUCAGGACAGUGCCACCUGCUCAAACUGCAAAAUCGAUUCACAUUACCUGCUCCCUGAGCCAGACACUUGGCAGAGAGAACCCAAGCAGUCAACCUACCACUGGUGGCACCAUCCUCUCUCGAAAAAAACCCUUCUUUCUCUCUUCCCAUCGCAUUCUGCGACCUCUACUGUUUUAGAGUUGACGGCCAAGAGCCAGUCAAUUGUAAGCCGUAUAUUUCCGUUCGUUUCGGCUUCCAUCCGACUUUCUGCUUCAGAUAACGUGACUGACACUAUUAUCAGGCGAGAUGGGAUCCUUGGACCCUUACGUGACCGACCCAUUGGCGGCCAUGUCCGAGGUUCAGCUCAUUCUCCAUGCGCCUCCCGACUUCCCCAUCAGCAAAAACACCGAGAUUCUCGGCGUCUGCGGUGUUGCCGACAAUUACGCCAAAGCUGACAAAUACGGCUGGAUAGUUGCCGACUUUCUUGCCUAUAAAGUAGGCUGCUACGGUCUUGGUCGUUCAAGUAAUCAUACUUGGCUGAGCUCUCUCGAUUUGCACUGCUUCCUUGAGAAUGUUUCCACCAAACUGGAUGCAGGUCCUGGGAGCCCUAUGCGCAGAAAAAUAUUUGGCCCCAACGGUGAUCAGAUUACCACUGUUCCAGCCGACAAUGCCGGAUUUCUCAACGUUCUUCUAACGCAAAUUGGCGACAGUGCCAAGUCUGCUGCCUCCAAGAACGUCCCCUUGGUUAUUUUCAUGUUCACGCCUGUUACCCCCGAGCAUGAUAUUUGCAUUGACUUCGGCGAGAAGAAAUUCUUGACUACAGAAGAAAUCUGUAGAACUAUCGCGGAAGCCACGGGAAACCCCAAUCUUUCCGUCACCUUGUUGACCCCUUCUGCGUUUACUGGGGGUUGGAACUGCCGGCCUAGUCUCAUGGGGCCGUCGAGAUGUUCCGCCACCAAGGCCAUGGAGUUGAUUGCAAGAUCUUCGGGAGGAGCUUUUGCGGACACAUUCAUGAAAGUCUUUACCAGUCGUCAGUCGCCUCUGUUAGCCCGAGAGCAUCAAGACAUCGCACGGUAUGACGACCUCAUGCCGCUUUCUCCCACCGUGGAACAGAAGAACUUUCUACAUCACCUGCAGGGCCGAGUUCACGAAAUCUUGGAGCACGGAUUCUCGCCUUUCGCUAGUCUCCACACAGCCGUGGUGAAUGGGCCCGACCCUUGGGAGAUUCUCGCCCCCAAGAAUCGGUUCAUGGAUCGCCCUCUUUACGAGGCUGUCCGGCGCGUGGAAUUUUUCGGAGAAGCGUUCGGAGGAGAACGCAGCUCGCAGCUCUUUCACUUGUGCUACCUCAUUGACAUUGAGCUCAGCACCUGUCCCGGCGACUGGAACAAGAAGACAGCCGGAAUGACGCAGGAGCUGUACCGCGGCUUCACGGAGCACCCCAACCCUGACGAUGACCACUUCAGGCAAGUUUUCUAUACACUCGAUUAUCGAGCCUCCUCCAUGAAACUCACUGCACUGCAUUUACCGAUGCCUGGCAAUCUUAAGUGCCGUUACUGGAACGACGGCUACGAUCAGGAUGACGCCUUUUACAAGAGGCAUGCUGCGGCGUUUGGCGAAGCGCACAACCUGUUUGAUCAGGUCGCCGUUCGUCCUAGAGAGAGACGACAUGACUACAAAGUUGUGCGAUUCUUGUGUGCAUCGCGCUGGCUCUCGGCUUGCAUUGCCAUGAAGUUUGCGAACGAUGGCACUGAUACUGCCAACGUGAAAAUUUUUGUCAACAGCAGUGUUACGGACUUUAUUACCCAAGUCAAGGAUUUGCAACUCGGCUUGCUUCUCUCUCGCUGGCUUGCCGCCAUUGGUUUCAGCGAUAGUCGUAACAUGAAAAUCCUAGGGGCGAUUGAUACCAGCAGCCCGUCCCUCGAGGUCUUUUCCCGGAGCCCAGUUGCUCCGGUCUAUGUCGACAGGGGCAAGGGUAAGGAAGUGGCCAAGGUUGAGGAACCGCCAUCUCUUUGGUUUGAGAAACAGAACCAAUCCCCGGUUUAUCCAAUUCAGCAGGCGCAGGUCAAUGUCGGACGUGACGGUGUGGUGUUUCCAGCUGAGGAGCGCGCUGAUGAGUUUGCGUUGCAACAGGCUCUCCUCAACGAAGCCAAAUUUAACAAGGAAAAGGAGAAGACUGUUAUUGAGCCAGCUUUUCAGCAUCACAAACCCCUGAUCAGCAUUCACCAGCCUCCCGCCGCGACUCCGGCUCCCGAAUUUCAGACUCCCAGAUCCCCGGUGCGCAAGUCUCCUGUCACCACUGUUGUCGAGCCUACCAUGGCGUCAGCUUCGGAGCCUGUGUCGACGAAGGCCCCAUCGUCAUACACCCCGGACACGCCGUUUUCCGGCUACACUGCAAUUGUCCAAGAGCAUAAGGUGCUUACCAAACCUGAUGAGGUCAAGGAAGUCUUUGCGCAGAUCCUCCAGGACGCCAUGAAGAUUGCUCUCUCACGGAUGGAUGCGUCUGCUGACAGUCGUUUGUCCGCUAUCCUUUCUCGUGACCCACCUCCUCCCAGUGUCGUCCAGCCUGCCAGGUCUACGACUGUUGAAGCACUGGCAGUCAACAACCCGACACCUCCCAGAUCUCCUGUCCAGCCGACAACUCUCUCUUCCGUACAGAAGUCCCCCCAGAGAGCGAUUAGGGACCAGCUGAAGGACACCUCGGGAGAGCCAAAGGUUGAGACUGAUCCCGCCUCCGCCGAUGACUUUUGGGCUCGUGCUUUCAGCAUCUCGCACAAGAAUUACUAG